UACAAAUUACACUUUACAGUGUAAAGAAUAUAUGAAUUAUUGUGAAUGGACGUAACAUUUUAGAACGUUUGUGUGCGCAAUGAUUGUAAACGUGAUCAUUAAUUAUAACUACUGAAUGGACGUUUAACGUUUGGAUUUUAGAUAAGAAAUAAUUUGCCAUUAGAUGUUGGGAUAUUUCCCGUAGCCGUACGUUAAAUGAGUGUGUUACUGCAGUGAGAUCAUACGUAAGGAAAAUCAUGGUUGCUAUGUUUAAUAUCGUACCGUGGACACUGCUGUAUUUAUUCAUAUCGUUAAAUCGACAUGUUUUUGCAAUGGAAAAACAACUGGAAGAACCAAUGUGUACUUCAAGAUUCGACUACGAAUAUAAAAUGUUACAUAAAAUGGUCUUGGUUGAAACAGAACAAAACAAAAUCAAGGAAUUAAUAGGGGAAAUAAAUAUCUCACAGAACAAGCUGAAAGAAGAGAGUCUUAGAAGUCAAGCAACAUUGGAACAAAUUGAAAACAAACUGAAGCAGAUAGAAGUGAAAACGUCGUUUGAUGGGACAGGAAAUACGUAUAUCCGCUGGGGAAGAACAGAAUGUCCCGGCAAUGGGACAGAAAUGGUGUACAAGGGGUAUGCCGCAGGUGGACUUUAUAGUAACAAAGGUGCUGCAAGCAAUUAUUUGUGCUUACCAGAGGAACCAGUGUGGGGUGUUUAUGAAGACUCAGAGCAGACAUCUGGUACUGUGUAUGGAGCAGAGUAUGAACUCUAUGAUAGAAAUAUGGAUAGGUUCUUUGGCAAGACUAUGCUCAACCACGAUGUGCCAUGCUGUAUCUGUAGGACAAAGAGGCCAAGUGUUCUGUUUAUACCAGGUCGAAACAUCUGUUAUGACGGUUGGACGUUGGAAUAUAGCGGAUAUCUCACCAGCGGACAUGACAGCCAUCAUGCUACCGAAUUCGUUUGCCUUGAUAUCAACCCUGAGAUUAUAUCUGGAGGAUUCUCUGAUACUAAUGGAAAGCUGUUCUAUUUUGUUGAGGCUCGUUGUGGAUCAUUGAAAUGUCCACCUUACGUGAACGGACGAGAGCUUACAUGUGCUGUGUGCUCCAAAUAACAACACUGUAUCGAUGUGCGUUGUCGAAACGAAUUGAUUUGAAAAUAAGACGUAAGUGGCAAUCAAAAUGUCAUUCGGAAGACAUUUUAGCUCCAGAAAUCUGCCUUUUAUGAGGAUACAUUUGCAACAUGUUUAACAACAAUAUGAAUGCUCAAAGAACACAUGGGUUGUAAUGAAAGAUUGAAUCUCAGUCGUAGCAAUUUUCGCUCUAUUAUACAUUUCUUCUGUUUCGUAAAGAUUGCCUUCUAAACGAUAAAAAACAACAUUACUAUCUGUUCGAUCUGCCUUAUAUGUACCGAGGAUCAUUUUUACUUCUUCGUUUUGCAAAAUCAAACUUUACUUAUUGCGAAAGUAUCCCAGUGGGUGUAGUAGGAUCUUUUUGAUUUUUACAUUACCUUUUAUAAUGCCGAUCAAAAAUAUUUUUUUCCCAUUUCAACAUUUUAAUUUCGAAAAAUGUUUUCUUUAAUGAAAUAUCCGUUCAAAACUAAAGUCAAAAUUAUAUUUCACUGACUGCAAAGUGAUUCUCAGUGAAAUAUAUGAAAACGUUAGUGAUUUAAAAAUAAUCAUAAGAAAUUUUAAAGAAAUAGCUGUAGAAGCGUAAAAAUAAAGCUACCAAAGACACGAAAAGCAUGUAAUGUUUUUUUUUUUCUGUUUGAAAUACUUACAGAACCAGAUCAUAAAUAUUUAUGAAAGAAAUCCGAACAAAAGCGUGCUACGGAUUUAAUUUUCAGUUUAGAAAAAUAAGAGGUUUCUUUUCUUUUUGUUUGUAUUUACUUGUGAAAUACAGGCCGUACUUUUUUACAGAAUUUUAUAUGUACAUAAAAAUCUGCUUUAUCAGAAUAGCAUAAAUAUAGAUGUAUGUUAGAGGGCAAAUUAUACAAAAUAUAUAUGACUACAGAUAUCUACUUGACAAAAGCGAUACUGCCUUGGAACUUUCAACAGGAAACUUAAACCGGUUGUCAACUGCAUACUUAUUCUAUAUUUAACUUGUAGGACGAGAUAAAUAAAAUAUUUACCUUCUGGCUGAGUGAAUAGUCUUACCCUAAGCCCUCUUUACACAAGGGAAACAAUUUGUUUAUAUAGUGAAAUUGUUGAGUGAACACUGUUUGUUAAUCCUUAUCCUGUCCAUGUUAUACCAGUGCAAUGGAAAAGUAAUCUAUUGUAAAAUACAGGCCGUACUUGUUUACAGAAUUUUAUAUGUAUAUAAAAAUCUGCUUUAACAGAAUAGUAUAAAUAUAGAUGUGUGUUAGAGGACAAAUUAUACAAUAUAUAUAUGGCUACAGAUAUCUACUUGACAAAAGCGAUACUGACUUGGAACUUUCAACAGGAAACUUAAACCGGUUGUCAACUGCACACUUAUUCUAUAUUUAACUUGUAGGACGAGAUAAAUAAAAUAUUGUCCUUCUG